UGUUAUAUUAUUUUCCUUCGACGAUGAGCGAAAAAAAAGAAAUAAUUCAUGUCACACCUCCAAUGGAAGUGGAUUCCGUAGAGAAUCAUGAUCUCUACCAGGCGGAGCUAGCUGUGCUGCAUCUGACGCUGCAGCGUUUAAGCAGAGAGGUGGCUGCAAUGAGAGCGAGCGGGGGAGCCCCCUCAGUCACAAAUAUGCCCGCUGCCGCCGCCGCCGUCGCUGAUCGAACAACGACGGAAACCGCACCGAAGCGAGCACGAGGGACGCAGGCUGGACGGGUGCGUCGCGAGACCCGCGACCAUCGUGGUCCCAACGUCCGCCGUGGUCAACGCGUCCAUCGUGGUCACGGCGCUAGCGGCUUCGGACGCGGCGGCGGUGAUCGAGGAAGAGGGUGCGGGGGAUCAAGCACGCUGAAUUUUUAUUAUUCGGGCUAACUAUUUUUUUUAAAAUAAAAUCAACUUUAAUAACAAAAAA